ACCUCCAGCCACAAGACAUGUCCUGCUACAACCAGUGCCUGCCCUGCCAGCCCUGCGGCCCGACCCCGCUGGCCAACAGCUGCAAUGAGCCCUGUGUCAGGCAGUGCCAGGACUCCACCGUCGUCAUCCAGCCCUCCCCCGUGGUGGUGACCCUGCCCGGACCCAUCCUCAGCUCCUUCCCACAGAGCACCGCCGUGGGAUCCUCCACCUCCGCUGCCGUUGGCAGCAUCCUCAGCUCUGAGGGAGUGCCCAUCUCCUCCGGGGGCUUUGGCCUCUCUGGCUUUGGGAGCCGCUACUGCGGCAGGAGGUGCCUCCCCCGCUAAAGCUGCUGACCAUGGCCCUGGGGAAGGUCCUCAGGAACAAACAAGAUGGU